CUGCUAUGUGACAUUUGUCGUCUGUCUCAUCCCCUUCUUCACUCUUGACCCUCUCGAGCAUCUUGAUUCUUCGCCAUCUUAACCCUCUUGACUUGCAAAUGACGACGACGACCUGCGACGACCAGCGACAACCGCGGCCUUUUACGUGAAACAUCCUCUCCAGGCCAUAGACAUCCUUCAGAACCAAGCCAGAGACCUCUUCUCUCAUUGCGCACACCGCAAACAUGGCUGCUCCAAUAGCCACAGCGCAAGCAACACCCGCCAUUUGGCAAGCUGACGAAGCCGUCGCCUCCUGCCCACUCUGCAGCACGGCCUUCAGCUGGUGGUAUCGCAAACAUCACUGCAGACGCUGUGGACGCGUCGUAUGCGCUGCUUGCGCCAGUAACUUUUGCGCACUCAAAGCGCAUGCUAUCGUCCGACCACCAGGCUAUACUGCUACCAGUGCAGACGAGGCGGCCGUGUCAUUGGCUCGUCCUUUGUCGCCUACAUCUACACAUACCUCUCCUCUGGCUUCUUCAUUCAUCUCAACAGAAGCAGUGGAAGAAGUGCGUUGCUGCGAUGCGUGUUUCUCACAUCUCGAGCAAGACCGCUGUCGUCGUAUGCUCGGCCUCGAUAUCAGCAGUUUGGAUCCGAGAGCCGCUGCGCAGCUCAUCAGAGAAGUAUCGACGCCAAGUGGAUUAGCGAUGCUAGCGACGCCGCCGCCUUCGUAUUUCCAUGUGCCUGCGCCUGCUAAUAGUGGUCGCGGCCAGCAUAUCACAGUUGAACACGAGGCCUCUGUGCGUUCACAUCGGCGAAGGAGCGGAGAUGGGCAGGAGAGCAUGGUAAGGGAUGUAGCUGGUCGUUCGCAUCGUCAUGGUCAUCGCCACAGGCGUGAAUCUAGUGUGUCUGUAUUGCAUCGUCCCGGUGCACCCUCUUCGGCACCUGUUGGAAUGCAAUUAGCCGUGCAAGCUACACCACUCCGUUAUGUUGCCUUCAAAUUGACACUGCAGGACAAGAUACUCGGUGAGGAGUGUCCCAUCUGUUUUGAAGAGUAUGCUGAAGGCGAACAUGCAGCACGCCUCGAGUGUUGGUGUGUCUUCCACGCACACUGUAUUGAGGCUUGGCGAGAUACGAAGGAUGGUACACAUGGCUGUCCUUUGCACUUUCACGACUAGAAUGACAAGGCCUUGCAAGUCAACUUAUUUGUAUCUACUUAGCGUUUGGCUCCUUCUUCAUAGCGAUUUUGGCAGAAUUUGAACUUUCACCACAACCAA